UGUCCUAGUAGUGUCACUAAACAAGUGCCAAUAUAUUAGAUGGCAAUGUCAGUAUUGAGAAGAAUAUCUUGAUGAAAGCAUUACGUUGACCAACAUGUAAUUUGGAUUUUAUAUCGGGAUAAGCUGUUUGAAAAUUACGAAUGUAAAUUAAAUGAAAUGACAACUGUUACAACAAUGUACAUGCUUGUCGCUGUGAUCUUCUCAAGCCUACUUCAUCAAUAUGUGCGAGCCGAGGAGGGGAAGUUUUAUGGCGGAUCAAUGAGCUAUACAAUGGAGAAACAAACUGACGGAACAAAUCUGGUGAUCAUUGAGCUUAUCACAGGAUGGGUACUAGGCAAAGGUCCAUGUGGUCCGGGUUGUAACAGCAGUGAUAUCGGUAGAUCUACAAGCUCAACAAGACAGUUAAUGACGAAAACAUAUUCGGACUAUCUAGGGACCUAUACGGUGGAUUAUAUAAACAAGACCACUGCUAAAACGGAAACUCCUGAUAUGAAUGCGCAAGUUCUCUCAACCUACGAUGAAACUGUGUUAGCCGUCAGUGAAGACGCAAAAUGGGAACAGGAUCUUCUUCAUUUUAACUUUGUCAUGCCAGCUGGAGUAGAAAAACUAGAUGUCAAUUUUGACGGAAAACCAUGGCGAAAAUUGACAUUACAACAGGGAACUGGUAGAUGGCAUUUUCAGACAACUGUAUCAACAGCUAAGCGUAGUGAUACGGGAAAAACUAACCAGAGUCCCCGGUCCUUGGCAAAGCCGUUCUAUAGAGUAAAAUUAGGGAUCAGAACAGAAAUACGCAUUCCAGCCGUUGACGCUGAUGAUGACUUUAUUAAAUGUGGAAUAGCAGAUUUUGUUGAGGGAGGUGAUAUUGCAAUCUAUCCCCCGCCGAAUGUACAAGUUUUCGAAAACUGUAGUGUACACAUCAACGCAUCUGAGUCUGAUGGUUACACGGAUGACUCAUGGGUUGCCGUGCCAGUCAGUGUCAGGGACUUCAACAAGGAGAAGAUAGUUUAUGGCACGGAUGAUUAUAUGCCGGCUAAAUUUUCAAUGAGUGCAACUGCAGUGCAGUUUGUUGUUCAAGUGUUAGCUAAUUUGAUCACACCAGAAUUUGUUGAACCAACACUUGAAGGCAAUCAUAUAUUCAUCAUGUAUGCUGAUACUACUUGGAGGACAGAAAUAUAUGCCGAGGCUCCAGAAAAUACCACCCUUGAGGCUUUCUCGGCGUUUGGGAUUCAACGUGAAGCAUUGAAAUUGUCUUCAUUAAAACAAGAUACGAAAAGGCCACAAGUAAAAUAUGCAAUAAUGUCAUGGAAACCAUCUCUUGGUGAAAUUGGGAGACAUAUAGCAUGCGUCAGUGCAAGGGAUAGUACUAGAGUGGAUUCGGCAGAGGAAAGGUGCUUCAUUUUGGACGUUCAAGUUGAUGCAUUCAACCAUACCACAAAAGUUACUGCGGGGAAGCCCUACUUUGUCGACAUACCAUCACCGGAUCAGUUUGUGAACUGCAAAAUAGAUGCGACAUGUGUUGUUGCAAUAUAUGUCAAAUCAACGGUUGAGGUUGUAGACAUACAUGUGACUGAGAGCUACAUUGAUAAGUACAAGUUGGGUCCAAUUGAGAGUGUAACACAUAAAGGGGAACCAAUGUAUCAAACAGAUCUAUUUUUUGAACACUCGUUACACGGGAAAGAAAAUAUCUGCUUCUUGGCGAAAGACAAAAAUGGAGGCGAAAGCGAGAAUGUUUGCAUUCAGAGCAAGAUAGAACCACCGGAUCCUUGCGUAUCUGCACCAUGCUUGAAUUCAGCUACCUGUAAAAGGGAUGAAGAUACAGGAGGAUUUAUAUGUCUCUGUUUGUCUGGAUUUUCGGGGAAAACGUGUGAGAUUAAGGAAGAUAAAUGUAAACCAAAUCCAUGUGUUCAAGAAAACUCUCAAAUUUGUGCCGGGAUAGGCGGCAUUUUGUGUUAUUGUAAUCCGGGAUUUAGUGGAGAUAUUUGCGACAAAAAUAUUGACGAUUGUAAUGCUACUGCAUGUAACGGGCAUGGAAGCUGCCGGGACAAAGUUAAUGGAUUUGACUGCGAAUGUUUCUCACGCUAUGGUGGAAAAUAUUGUACAGUUGAUAAAUGCUCAAUACAAGCUGCCGGAAUCAUGAGUUGCCCCGCAGCUGGUUGCAACCCUAACCUUUGUCAAGGAGGGGGAGUAUGUUUGCAAGGAGGCAUAUGUUCUUGUCCCUACGGAUAUAGUGGAAACAGCUGUGAAACUCGGACAUGUGACAUAUCAGGAUCUGUCACCGGUGUGGAUAUCAUUUCUCCUUCAUCGGAUGACGGAAGUAAGAUAAUAUGUUAUACACAAGGGGAUACAAUCUCCUCAUGUAAAACACGAAUUUAUCUGGCAGUGAAAUCAGGAUCAAAGCCGAAAAUAACUAUUGAAACCACACGUGAGUUACAAAGCAACGUAAAUGCCGGACUAGUAGCGAAGUUGUCCGUUCUUCCCGGAAUUUCUACAAUGUAUUCGACAGAUGUAACAAUAAGUGGAAACUUUAACAGUACAAAAUCACAUUAUAUAUGUGUCCAAGCAUCAGCUGGGGCCUCAACAUCAAAGGCAUGUUAUGAGCUCAGCUUUAUGCCGAAUCCUGAAAGUGACACCAAAACAUUGGCAUAUUUACAAAGAAAUGCAAGGAUAAAAUUUGUUCAGCCAACUUUGAAAGACCAAAGCAGAAUAUUAUGCAAGAGCGGAGAGAAAUGCCAUGUUUUAUUGUACACAUCUAUCGCAUCUAGCCGGCCUACCUGCGUACCAUCAUCCACUAGUACUUCCGGAAGUUUCACAGGAUGUGAUAAAGAUGAUAAAGACAACGAUCAAUAUGACCCUGACAGUAGUGCAAAAACAGCCGACCCGUGUUGUAAAGACGUGAUUUCUUCUGCUGCUGAUGUGACAGUAUUCAAGGCACAUCCACGUGGACCUUCCUGUGUUACUGAAGCAUCGUUCACAUUUGCAAGUGCUGGGGAGAAGGAUAUAUGUUUUCAGUCGGCAAAUACUGACUAUCAGCAAGUCUGUUACAAAGUAGGCGUAUAUGAUUCAACAUCAGAUCCUUGUUCCAGUUCACCAUGUUUGAACAAUGGCCACUGCUUUCACAUGAGUCAUAACAACUUUAAAUGCAUCUGUGCUGAGAAUUACAAUGGUGAUAAGUGCGAGAAAGGACCCUGCCAGCCGGCAGACAACCAUUGCCAAAACGGAGCCUAUUGUCAAACAAAUAAUGGAGUGGAUACAUGCAUCUGUAAGGCAGGAUAUUCCGGCCAAACUUGCAAUAAAGAUCCUUCAAGCUUGAACAAAUUAUCCGCUGAAUUCACAGACACAGCAAAACCGUCUGUGUUCUCUUGUGUUAUCCGUCAGAAAUGUAGCAUUGCCUUGCUCCUUACAGGACAGUCUGCUCAAGUACCGACAGUGUCUCCGGGAUAUGUUGAUUCUUCACUUUUACUGGAUGAAAUAGAGACAGUGGAUAGAUCACCAGUACAAAACUUCUAUCAGACUAAUAUCAAAUUAAAACCCUUAGAGUUAGGUGAGAAGGAUAUGUGCAUUCAGACGAAGGAUGUAAAUGGGGUAAACAAAGACGAACUUUGCUUCAAGGUCAACGUUGUAUCUGACGUAAUUUCUAUAUACGGAUUCAAGGAUCGCCCCCACUUUAUUGAACCGAGUAUGCCUACCAAUACUGAGGUUGAGUGUCUGGCUGACCAACCAUGUCACGUGCUUUAUCACGUGACGCCUGGUACCGGAAAUGAAAACGAAUGUAUAACAUUUCACCCUCAUCCACCGACAGAUUUUGUUAACUACCAUCUGUUUUCUACAUGUGAGAACUGUAAUCCAGGGGGACCCGGUAACGGUAAUUGUACAGUAGACGUUUCAGUGGUAAACACGAACGCUGACGUUAGCGCUGCGAGGCAUUUCUGCUUAUCCGUUGGCUUAAAAGGAUCAUCAGUUGAAGGUGAGAAUCGCUGUUUCGACGUAACAGUAAAAGACCAAAGCACUGUUGGAAAGACAGGCUGUCAGAAUCUGGAGUGCAACAAUGGCGGCUUUUGUGAUGGUCAUGAUCCGGCACAACCUGUCUGCUAUUGUCAAAAGGGAUUUUCAGGCACCACUUGCGAAAAAGCUGAAGUUAACAGUCCAAUUACUAGUGCACAGAAACAGACGUUAAUCGGAGAUUUCGCAGUUCCGACGGAGAUAAAAUGUGUUGUAAAUCAGUCUUGUUCUAUACCGUUCCAAAUAAUUUCAAAAUCAGGCAUAACGCCAUCUGUUUCUCUUGGAUUUAACGACCCACGCCUUGUUGCCGAGACGCCAAAGUGGGAAGCACUUGGUAGUUCCAGCACAGAGUUUCAAGGUUAUGCACUUGUUCAUCCUAACGCCGCUGGUGAUUUUCAAUUGUGUUUGCAAGCAAGUCUAAACAGCCUGACUGACGACGAGUUCUGUGUCAAGGUUGAAGUGAUAAAUGAAACUGUCGACAAGACUGACAAGACAAAACCAUAUUUUCUUCAACCAACAAUUGAAACUGAUUCAACCGUUUUAUGUGAAGUCAAAAAGUCUUGCCACUUCGAUAUGCAUUUUACUAAGGGAGAUAUGUUCUCAUUUGUUGGCAGAUGCCCAACUUUAACUGAAACAAGCCCCAGUCCAGUUGAAGGUGUUCAUAUCUUUGAUGGCAAGAUACAAGCCACGGACUGUACUGCUGACAUAUCGUAUGUCCCUCCAUUAGCCGACGGCGAUCAUAAACUUUGUCUUCAAGUAGCAUUACCAGGGAAAAAAGGCGAGAACAGAUGCUACACAAUAAAAGUAGUAAACGACGUUAAGACGGAAGUGAUAUCGCCGUGUCGAGCAGUCACGUGCGAACACGAUGGUAAAUGUGUGGCAGAUUUUACGUCAACACCUGCGAAGUCGUCUUGUAUCUGCACGUCUGGUUUCGCAGGCACCGACUGUAAAACCGUUGUGGAUAAAAAUAAAGAUUUACCUGGAGUUGUCAAUUUGAAUGGAACAUCAAGUGGAAAUCAGCACUUUGAAAUUAACUAUGCUAUCCCUACCGAUGUGCAUUGUGAAGAAAACACCGACUGUUGCAUAAAUACGCCGUACCAUGGGGACACUGACAAACCUCCAAAGAUCGGUUAUAAAGAUUCUAACUUGGUAACGUCAGUUCAGAAAGUGCUUCAGACCAGCAGCUCUGAUACGUCACUACACAUUGCUCAGACAUGCUUUAAGGGACCGAAAGGUCCUCAUAGGAUUUGCCAACAAACUACAACCAAUGGGACAGAGCAAGGAGUAAACAUCGACGAAGUUUGCACAAACAUUACAAUAGGGCCUAAAACGCACUAUUCUGGAACGACUGACCCAUAUUUUAAGACAGAUAUUCCUGAUGGGUCAAAAGUGUUAUGUCAGCCAAACACGGUUUGUCAUAAUACAGUUUUCACAGCUAAACAGUCAGAUGGACAAUGUUCCCAAGUAAGAGAGUGUGGUAAUGGCGUACGUGGUGUACAUGUCUUCCAGACAAGCUUAAUCAGUGAUGUAUGUACAACGGAUGUAGCUGUCAAAACAGGCAACAGCGGAACCCUGGAUUUAUGCAUUUCCACUGGAUCCGGUGGAGAAGAGAAACAUCUUGAGAUAGAAGUUGAAAGUAAAACUGGCUUCGGUCCUUGUCAGGAACUCCAUUGCUUAAAUGGCGGAAGCUGUAUUGCAAAUCUAGCGACUAAUCCCACUUGUCAUUGCCUAGCAGGAUACACGGGUUUGGUGUGCGAAACUGAUAUCGAUGACUGCAGUACCAAUCCUUGCAAAAAUGAAGCAACAUGUGUGGAUAAGGUCAACAGUUACACGUGCUACUGUGUUACCGGGUAUACUGGUCGUGACUGUGAAACAAAGUCAUGUCUUUGUGUUCAUGGUCAGUGUCACUCAGGACUUUGCAUAUGCUCUGAAGGUUGGUCGGGAAAGAACUGCAAUAAUAGAGGUGGAUCGAGGACGCAUACUGGAAUUCAAACAGCGACUGAUCAGUCCCCACCUGCGUUUACAGAGUUCGUCAUCCCACAGAUAAUUCGAUGCAAGAUCAACAAGCCUUGUACUAUCAUCCUCCCAGUAGACGGAAAACCCGGCCAAGGUCCUACAGUAGAACAUGGAGAUUACGAUCACGAACUGAGUGUGACUACACCUAUCCAGGUUAAGAAUAAAUAUUUAACAUGUAAUACCGGGACAAGAUGUCCAUACGAAGCAUGGAUAACAGUUUCACCCCCUCAGAUAAAGCUGUAUAAAUACUGCGUACAAACAAAGGACUACCAAAGUUUCAAUGCAGAUGAGUUGUGUUAUAAAAUUCAAGGAGUCCAGGAUGAGACUACCCCACCCGGAAUUUUCAACUACCCACCAACUUUGCCAGAAAAUUCAACAAUGAGUUGUUCACAUGAACAGACAUGUCAUUACCAACUUGAAGUCAAGAAAAAUCAGACCGGACCAUGUGAUCCGAAUUUGAGCGUCGAACCAACUAGUUCUCCCGUUGCGGUGUUACAGUCCAGUUUAACCAAUUCAUCUUUUUGCAACUAUGAUGUUGUAUAUAUACCGUCAAAGAACUCCGCGGGAAAACAGAAUUUGUGUUUCUCUACAACUUCGUCGGUACAGAAACACUGUAUGGUCGUAGAUGUUAAAGAUGACUGUGAUACUAAGAAAGCAAGUGAACAAGCGCGUGAGAUGGUUACUAAGGGUUAUGCGAGCUGUUUCUGUAUCGUGAACAGUAAGAAGGUUCAGAUUAUAAAGAAGCGCCCUGUUGUACAGAAAGGCAAACUCUUCAAGGCUGCAGGAUUUGGAGCUGGUGGUAUGGCGGGUACAAUGGUUCUGGGCGUGGCAGUUUACGCUCUCGUAAAUAAACUCCGCCAGCCAACAGAGAAGAAGAAGCCUCCUACGCCACGCCCACUGACACCGUCAGCAGGAUCGGCUCGGCAAAAAUCACGCGUCCAUCCUCAGAGGUCAUAACUGAACAAUUAGAAUUGAGGAACUAUGAUAUAAUGGACUGUGAUAUAUUUUAGACAUUACUUAAGUUUACAUACAUUCAUAAACUAGUUUAAAGUUUCAUGUAUUGCUGAAUAGCAAGUAUAAAAACAAUGUUUUAAGUUUUUCAAAAACCAUAAAAAUACAAUCUUUUCAUAUGAAUGCAUAACAUUAUUUUCAAUGUGGCUACUUUUAUUUGCAGAGUUAGAAUUUAAAUGUUUAUGAAUGCCGCGAUUUCUUUUAAUGUAAACCUUCCUACUAACUACUAGUAUCCGCUUUAGUAAAUGAGCAUCUAAACUUUA